CUUCAGCCUUACCACCUACACCACUUUCACUUUCACCCCCCCCAACACACAUCAAAAUGACUGGACGCGGCAAGGGCGGCAAGGGCCUCGGAAAGGGCGGUGCCAAGCGCCAUCGCAAGAUUCUUCGUGACAACAUCCAGGGUAUCACCAAGCCCGCUAUCCGCCGUCUCGCUCGUCGUGGUGGUGUCAAGCGUAUCUCUGCCAUGAUCUACGAGGAGACCCGUGGUGUCCUCAAGACCUUCCUCGAGGGUGUCAUCCGUGAUGCCGUCACCUACACCGAGCACGCCAAGCGCAAGACCGUCACCUCCCUUGACGUUGUCUACGCCCUCAAGCGCCAGGGCCGUACCCUCUACGGUUUCGGUGGUUAAAUGUCUCGCCGUCAUUAGCCAGCGUGUCUUUUUUCUUUUUUCUUCACCAUAACGACGACGCAAAUCACAAUCACGUCUUCUCCCAUCACCAACACAGAAUCAUCAUGAUGUUUAUAUACCACCAAAGUCGUCGUCUUUUAUCAUGAUGACGAUGAUGUCACUACCGCCACCACCACCACAUUAAACAACCGGCAACAACACGACAUCCAGGAUGGGGGAAAAGGAGGGCGGUUGAUGUUCGGUCCCCUUUUGCACCACACUUUACUUGGUUGCAGCGUUCCAUCUCACGAUUGUCAUUUUUCGGGUUUCAUCACGCGCAAAGGAGGGGUCUCUUUUUUUAUCACAUGCUCUGUACAUCACAUCAAGGGGUCAUUCACAAUAGGGGUGUUACUACUUUUGCAACUUUUUUGAGCGCUUAAUUGACUCAAAACGCCCUCUGGGUUUUCUGGAGGGUGAUUCCAAUCUGUUUGAUGAUCCUCUUUGUGUCGAGUGGAAAUGCUGUCUGCCAUUUAUUGCUGUGUCUUGCCGCGUGUUUUUUUGUGUACGUGUAAACGGAAUCGCGUGCCAAUCGCGUCCGGUGGGCUUGCCCCAGUUUUGCUUGAAACCUUGGCCGUUGGGCGGGCUGGGGUCUCUGGUUCAACUGUUCGCUCGAAGAAGGGACCCAUGCGUUGAUGCGCCAGCGAACAUGCGGUUCGCGGAGAGGACAGAUAUGUAGUGUGACCGAAACUCCUGUCCGUGUUUUCAGUAUUCGCAUCUUGACAAUCCCAAAGCAGUUUAUAUG